GCUUCAAAUUCUUGACGGUUGAUUUGAAGCCCUCCCCCCUUUAUUUCUCUGUCUAUUGCUCGUUUCUUAUUGCUAGGGACCGGUAUUGAGAAUUAUCAAGUCGUUUAGAUUGACUUGUGAUUUGGGUGGAUAUUGAUUUACCUGUAAAAGGCUCUCUGUAUUGUUCCUCCAUUCAGUUCAACCCCCAUUGCGUCAUGGUUGCUCAGGAGCCCGUGACCAUCGUGGUCGAGCACCUGGAUCCCGAGUUGGGUAUCUGGUCGGCCCUGGAAUAUGGGUGUAUUGCUCGCGAGGCCCACGCCUCUGGUAGCCGGUUUCUUCUCAGCUCCGUUCCGUCUUCCUUGCAGGUGCCGGCCGACCUGGCGGCGACCCAAGGAUUUGGGAUCGAACACCGUAGUGUCGAGGAGAUUUUUGCGGACCGUAAGUCCAAGGUCUGCCUGCUGGACCCGUCCGCAGACACUGAGCUGAGCCCUGCGGAUGGGGAUAACUUCGAGGUGUUUCUGUUCGGAGGCAUUCUUGGCGACGAUCCUCCCCGCGACCGCACAUCGGAAUUGCGGAAAAAGGGCUACGCAGGAAGGCGAUUAGGCCCCAAACAGAUGACGACCGACACCGCCGUGCGAGUGACGCGCAUGGUGGUCCAUGAAAAAGUGCCCCUCGAGGAAAUCCAAUAUGUCGAUUAUCCUGAGAUCCACAUCAACGAGCAUGAACGCACCGAGAUGCCGUUCCGCUAUGUCCGGGGAGACGAUGGACAGCCCAUCAUGCCAACGGGGAUGGUGGAUCUGAUCAAAAAGGACGCCGAAAAGAGCAUUGACGAUCUGUUCUAG